AAACACACAGGAAUAUACAUUUUGGCUCCUUCUACAUGAACUCCUCCGCCACCGCCACCUCGCUUGCUCCGUCGCCAAUCCACCACCGUGGAUCCCGCAACCGAUGCGCUCCCAAAGCCUCCUUCUCCUGCUCCAUGCCUCGCCCACCCAAUCGAAACCGCCGAAACCGCCGACGGAAGCCCAACCCCGCCACCACCACCCUCACCACCGACCCCGCCGCCAAGCCCGCCUUCUACACUUCCUCUGACGCCGAAAAAUUCCAAGCCACCUUCGACCUGAACAGCCUCUACUACUCCUCCCACUUCUACCUCCGCCGCUUCCUCUCCUCCGCCUCCGACGCCGUCGACGACCUCCAGACCCUCGUGUCCGUCGACGCUGAGCGCAGAAUCGUCGUCUCCUGCCGCCCCUCCACGCUGCGGUUCGUCGGGAGCUUCGUGGUGGUGACCUGCGCCGUCGUGGUGGGGUUUAGGGUUUUGGUUGGGCUAAUUAGAUUAGGGCUUGGGAGCGGGUCGGGUUACGGGAGGGAGAAGGUGGUGACGAGGAGGGAUAGGAGCCUUGGCGGGAAAGAGGUUGUGGUGGCGAGGAUAGAGAAGCCAAGAGCAGCUGAGGCUGGUGUCAAGAAGACAAGGGGUUUGGGCAUUUUGGAUGAUCCUCUGUCGUCUGUGGCUGGGAUGGGGAGAGUGUUCAAGAAUCGGGUUCGAUUCGGAGAGAGGCUUCCUCAAUGGUGGCCAACUACAACUUCCCGGCCGAUUUUCGGAGGGGAUAAUGAGGAGCACCAGAGAGAAGCUAAUAGAUUGGUUAGAGCAAUCACGGACGAUAGAAUGAGCGGGAAGGACAUUAUCGAGGAUGAUAUAAUUCAUUUACGUCAAAUAUGCAGGACAUAUGGAGUCCGGGUCUCCUUUGAUACUACAAAUACACGGGAUUCAUUGUACCGUGUGUCUGUUGACUUUGCCUUAAAUGUGUGCAGCAGGGCACCGAGUGAUUCUGAAGGUGUUGAGAUCGAGGGUGAAGAUGUUCGGCAAUUCAUAGCUGGGCUUGCUGAGAAUAUUGGCCUUCAGAAUGUUCGUGCUGGACAAAUUGUGUCUGCAGCUGUGGCUGCACGGACACGUUCAUGUUUUUUGCAGGCUUGGGCUUCAGUAAUGCAAGGUAAACAUGCAGAAGCAGUAAUGGAACUGUCAAAGAUAUGCCUUGUUUGGCGGAUUUUCCCUCCCGAAGAGUCUUCACCUGAGAUGGAGAUGGUGGCCCGAGGCUUGGAGAAACACUUAAAAUUGGAUCAGAGAGAAUUUCUUAUGAGCAUGCUUGUUGGUAUUUGCAGUGAAGAGAGCCAGAGAAUAGCAGCAGAAGCCCUGGGUUUGGUAUCAUCUUUUAAAGGUGUAGGUGAUGGACAAUAGCAAUAGUCUAGUUAGAAGAUAACCAUGAAGGAAGCACACUGCGAAUCCAUUAUAUAACAAUCAGGAAACACAUUGUGUAGUUACUAUUGGAAAUCAGCUCUAAUAUCAAUCAAUUAUACAGUGU